AUGACGGACGACACACCCCUACUCCGAGUCGCCGCGCAAGCUUCCGCCGUUGCGCUGCUAUCGAUUUCUCUCUACCGGCUCUUCUUUGCUCCCCUCGCUCGCCUUCCUGGUCCUGCACUAUCUGCCUUGACCCGCCUCCCGCUCAUACUCGUUGAGUUCACCGGACGCAGGAGCGCAUGGAUCCACGCCCUCCACGUCAAGUAUGGCCCCGUCGUGCGCGUCGCCCCCGACGAGGUCUCGUUCGCCACACGCGAGGCCGCGAAGGAGAUUUACACGUCGGGCGGCAGCGGAUACGACAAGACAUCGUUCUACCGGUUGUUUGAACACUUCGACACUCCGAAUAUUUUCUCGACUUUAGACAGAGGCACGCACGCUGACGUCAAAAAGCGCUUCGCUGAGCGCUACAACAAAACGCACAUCAUGCGCCCGGAAGUGAGCGCUGUCGUGCAAGAGCACGUUGACGCAUUUGUAGAAAAAUGCGCCGAAAGUGCAGGACGCAGUGUAGACGUCUAUCUCUUGCUCCAUUGUUUCGCCCUCGACGGCAUCACCGGACACAUGUUCCACCCAAACGGCCUUCACUCGCUCACCAAUCCGCGCGAUUUCGCGAUGAUGGAGGAGCUGACAUACCCAACGCUCAUCAAAGAGCAAUACUUCCGGUACUACUUCCCCAGCCUCGCGCGCUUCCUAGGCAAAACGAUCGGCUUCGGCAACCUACGCACCGACGGCCUCUCCUCCGUGCGCUACGUGCUCGACACCGUGCGCUCCGCACCCGUCUCCCCGCACACCCUCCUCGACAAGCUCCGUCUUUACGAAUCGAAAGACGCAGACCUCACGCUCGCCGCGUCCGAGUGCAUGGACCACCUCGUCGCCGGGCUCGACACGACCGGCGACGCCCUCUGCUUCCUCAUGCACCACCUCUCCCUCCCCGCCUCCCAACCGCUCCAAGACCGCCUGCGCGCCGAACUGCACUCCAACCCCGCCGCCGCACUCGACGACCUCCUCUACCUCGACGCGCUCGUCAAGGAGGGCCUACGCGUGUUCUGCCCCGUGCCGAUGGCGCUUCCGCGCCUGGUGCCCGCGGGGGGCAGCACGAUCGACGGCGUCGCGCUCCCUGGGGGCACGAUCGUGAGCUGCCAGCCGUACACGCUGCACAGGCUCGACGCGCGCGUGUUCCCGGACGCGGACGCGUUCGUCCCGGAGCGGUGGCUCGAGCCGGAGGGCGCGGCGGAGCGCAACGGGCUGUUCUUCGCGUUCGCCGCGGGCGGGCGGGGUUGUAUCGGGAAAAACUUUGCGCUGUUUGAGAUGAAGCUGCUCCUGAGGGACGUUUACUCGGCGUACCGCACGCGCGUCGCACCGGAUAUGACGGCCUCUAUGGAGAUGGACGACCAGGUUGUCUCGGCUCGGCCGAAAGGCCAAAAGUGUCUGCUCGUGUUCGAGAAAGUCUGAAUGCAAUCUGUUUGGUCGCGCUCGGUAAUGACAUGGUAUUCACAGCGCUUUUGGUCAAGUCCUGAUAUGAAAUGUAAAC